AGAACCAACUUACGAUAGCGUGUCGGUUAUUGUUAUUUUUAGAAACGAUUAUAUCGUUAAAUAAUAGUUUAUUCUGAAAAGUCAUAACUGCUGAACAUUAAACAUAUUGUUUUCUAUUUAGUAGCAAAAAUAUUUCGUAUUGCAUAUCGAUCGCAACAACUAAAUACGCGCUCAUUGAUAGGAAGGUUGAUUGUGCGUGGUUCAUGUAGUGUAGUGUGAGUGAAGUGAUCGUUUUGUUAUGCAUGCGUAAAUUAUUGGAUUUUGUAUAAUUAUAAUAGAAGCAUGCCUUCCUUGACGCCGCUAAAACUAUUUAAACGGGAUGCUCCCCCGGAGCCGGCGCUCCCCAAAAUGACGGAGCCCUCCGAAGGCGUCAGCGUCGUGACGGCGACGGCGCCCUUCAAAAGCCUACCGACGGAACCCACUCCUGACGUAACCACGAAUAUAGAGACUACAGGUGGGGAUCUUUUGGAAAAACACAUUUUUGGUAACAAAAAAUUUCAUCCAUCUCAUGGUCGCACGACCCCACAUCCAGAAACAGUGAAACCGAGUAAUGAGACGCUGAUAUCCAACUUCGUCCAUUAUGCUAAUAAGGAAGGGAUUGAUACAUGGGUACUAGUCACGAUUCUUAUCGCUGUUUCUGUGGUGAUUCUUGGAAUAUGCUUCUGCUGUAUAAGAAGAUGCUUCAGGAAACGAAGAGCAAAGGAUGGCAAAAAGGGCAUGAAAGGAGUAGACUUAAAAUCUGUGCAGUUAUUGGGAUCGUCGUACAAAGAAAAGGUACAACCAGAUAUGGACGAAUUGACAGAAAACGCAGAAGAACCAGAUGAAGGUGAAAAACCUGAGGUUCAGAAACUAGGCAAGCUGCAGUAUAAGUUGGACUAUGACUUCAAUCAAAACAGCUUUGCCGUCACUGUCAUUCAAGCCGAAGAAUUACCGGCGCUUGAUAUGGGCGGGACUUCUGAUCCUUACGUCAAAGUUUAUCUUCUUCCUGACAAGAAGAAAAAGUUUGAAACGAAGGUUCAUAGGAAAACGUUAAAUCCCGUAUUCAAUGAAACAUUCGUCUUUAAGAAUCUGCCCUACUCCGAUGCCAUGAAUAAGACCCUAGUAUUUGCCAUCUUCGACUUCGACCGAUUCUCUAAACACGACCAGAUAGGAGAGGUGAAAGUACCCCUUUGCACGGUGGAUUUGGCACAAACGAUCGAGGAAUGGCGGGAACUGCAGAGCGUCGAAGGAGAGGGUGGUCAGGAAAACAAGCUGGGAGAUAUUUGCUUCUCAUUGAGGUACGUCCCCACUGCAGGAAAAUUGACUGUUGUAAUUUUGGAAGCUAAAAAUUUGAAGAAGAUGGAUGUCGGUGGAUUAUCAGAUCCUUAUGUAAAGAUAGCCUUGAUGCAAAACGGCAAGCGAUUGAAGAAGAAAAAAACUAGUAUAAAGAAAUGUACCCUUAACCCUUACUAUAAUGAAUCAUUCACGUUUGAAGUACCAUUUGAACAAAUACAGAAAGUGAACCUCCAAGUGACCGUAGUAGAUUACGAUAGAAUCGGUACUUCGGAACCCAUCGGAAAAGUGGUACUAGGCUACAAUGCAAGCGGAACCGAGCUUCGCCAUUGGUCAGAUAUGUUGGCUUCGCCCCGUAGGCCGAUAGCACAGUGGCACACACUCAAAGAUCCUGAGGAUGAAAAGAAAGACUAAGAUAAUAAUGUCGCCUAACAACGCUAACACAAUAUAGUAUACUCAUUAAAGUCUAUCCUUGGAAAGUCAGACAUCAUCGUCAGUGUUACACAGAAUCAUAACUUGUCAUCUUGUUGUUUAAAGUUUUCUCUUAAAUGUAUGAAUUUUUAGCGAACUAAUAGUAGCAGCACUGGUAACAGAAAGAGAAAUACAAUGGCAAAUAAAAUAACUUGUUAUAUGUAAUAAAAAAGAUAUUUAAAAUCAUUUCUGAAGCUGUGUCACUAACAAAAGAGUGAUUUUCGUUUUAUAUAUUAAAGCAAGCUUGUAUGGUAUGACAAAGUAUGUAACAGAAUGGGAAUUUUUGUGGAUAUCGAUUGUGCAGACUUAAGAUAAUAAUUUUUAGUAUAUAUGAUAAGUCAACCUAUAUCAGACUAUUAUAAGGUCAAGAAAUGCAGAUAUAAAGAAAAAAGGCACAAGAACAAAGAAGAUUAUGAAAUAGGAUUAAUGAUUAAAGCACUAUUGAAGACAAACAUCUUCACUUAAAAAUAUAAUAGCCACAAAGAAUAUUUUGUGCUUGUGAGAAAAAGAUCAUCAGAAAUCUCUUUUACUCAGUAGAUCAACACGAAUCAAAAUUACAAAUAAUUAGGCAUGAAGACAUCAACAAAUGUUUGGAAUAAGCUUAUUCUUAUUAUCAAUGGAGUAAGACAAGUACUUCACUUGUAACAAAAUAAAAAAUUGAGAUAGUAAAGUAGGUUAUAUUCUGAUAGCUUCUCGAUGUAGAAGCUUUAUCAAAACUAUCCACCAACUAAGCAUCAUUUCAGAAAAUGUUAUAAGCAGAAUUUUACAUUAAUCUGCAUAGUAGUAAGAGAGUCACGAGAAAGAGACAAGAAUUAGUGCCAAAAGAAACAGAAACACAAGCUUAUUUACCACUAGCUUUGAAAAACACAUUGAAGAAACAUGGAAAAAUUGAAAUAAAUGGACUACUGAAAUAAAUAAGAGCAUAAACUCUAAAGAAAAUUCAGACAUAAAACACUAGAUACCUGAUGAGACCUUAGAUCUUGUAGAAGAACGAGAAUGCUUGGAAUCAACGCACGAAGAAAAAACAAGACUUAAAAUUAAACUUAUCUCAACCGAAUAUCAUAAAUGUCACUACAUACGCCAAACAAAAAUUUCACACAUAAAUAAUAUUAUCCUAAAUACCUACUAAAAAUUCAUAUAAAACAUCAAAAAUGACACAAUAUAAAAGUCAAAAUUUUAACUGAAUGACUGAAAACAUUUGGCUUUUAUCCUAUUGUCGAUUUAUUGUAUUUUAGCUGUUUACAGUGUUGCCUAGUUUCUCAAAAUAUCUGUAAUCGACGGAAUGUUCUGUGUACAAUAUUGCCUAGUUUCUCAAAAUAUCCAUAAUUAUCGGAAAUUUCUGUUAAGUUUAAAAAUUCAUACAUUCGAAGAUGUCAUCAACUAAAAUAUUUACUGCAUUACUCAUCAAAAAUAUUCUAAGCUUAACGCUAAGUAUCUACUAAAUAUUCUAUUCUUUAGUUGAUUUAUUGUAAGUAUUUAUUUCCUAUUUAAUACCAUGCGUAUGAAUAAUUGAUACUUGCUAGGAGUGAGGUACUUUUAUUUGUUAAAGUUAUUUUUUGGUUGUAUUUCUGUUCUUUUUGUUGUUAUUUAUUGUUAGUUAUGGAAAGAAUACCAGAAGUGUGUUGUUAUAUAUAUUAAUUGUUGUUUUUUAUGAAUAAAAAACAUUCAGUUAUGUUUUAACAAAAUAAUGUCUAGAAUUUUUUGCGUUUAUAAAUGAAGAUGGCAAACUUCAAAGGUAUAAUUCUCCAUUGUAUGUCCAAUUCUUUGUGGUUUGCCCAUUCACAUGUUCUAAUUUCCUUCUAAGCCCUCUAUUGUUCAACCUGAUUAUGGACGAAAUAAUGCAAAAACAAGGGUGAUAAAAGGAUACCAAAUGAGAAAAAAACAACUAGAAAUAAUCUGCUAUGCAGACGGCAUCAUAGUAAUCUCUUAAAGUGAAGAUUAUUACAUCGUAUGCUACACCAAAUUGAUAUAAUCGCCAGGAAAUUUAACAUGUUAAUUUCCUCAAAAAAGAUAAAAUGCAUGGUUAUAACAGCAGACCCAAUAAGAUGUAAAUUGGAACUGGAAGGUCAGAUAAUAGAACAAGUGAUGGAGUUUAAAUACCUGGACAUCACACUAUCUAGCUACGAAAGGCUCGAAACGGAAGUGGAAGAUCAAGUGAAUCGAGCAACCACAGCCGCAGUUUGCCUAAAUGGCACAAUAUGAAAAAAUAAAAAUAUCGGAAAAGAAAUGAAAGGCAAAAUUUGCAAAACAAUCAGUAGACUAAUCAUAGAAAUAACGAAAAGAAUGUUAGAUAUACAUAGGAGAGAUGAAAACCCUUAGAAAAAUCGAUGGCAAGACAAUAUGGGACAGAUCUAGAAGUACAGAUAUACGACAGAGAUGAAACUACCACAUAAGCCGAAUGACAGCAAAUAGAGUAGUAAGGACGGCGAGAGACGGUUCCCCAAUAGGAAUACGAUCAGUGGGAAGACCACGAAAACGAUGAAAAGACAACUUUCUGUAGGCACCUUGAAAAACAGGCAGACUAGUGUUUACAUCAGCGAUUCUCAAACUCUUGAGUCAUGUACCACCUACAGUUCUUUUUAUUAUUUUUGGUAUCAUCUAUAUUUUUAGAUUGUAUUAUCAAGACUUACUAAGUACUACUAAUUUAAUUUUAUUUUGUGUUUUGUGUACCAUAGCAAAUAAUGUUAUGUACCACCAGUGGUGCAUGUACCACAGAUUGAGAACCGCUGGUCUACAUAAAAAUGAGUCCACAUAAUGUACCUACCAUUUCAAACUAUCGAAUGUGAAAAAUCGGGUUGUUCAUAUUCGACACCUUGUCCUCGCAUUAUACGUGAUACAUCUUGUGGCAAAUUCUCGUUAUUGUAGCUUGAUUGGGAGCGCGGGAAAUAUGCUGUUUAAACUAUCGAAUAUGAACAUUUUUUCCAUUUGGUUGACUGCAAACUGACGAAAAUGGGUAUAUUCGAUGCUUUUGUUUUGUAUAAAUAUAACAACGCAUAUUUGUACAACGCUAAAAAAUGUCGAAUGUGUCACAUUCGUUAGUUUGUGUUUUAAUUUAUAACAGAUAUUCAAUAAGUAAUUAUAAUAUGGAAACUGUCGAAAAUGCUAAACUGCUGAGAACCCACGGUCCAUCCCAAAUCAUUCCAACCCACGGUUAUUCCAACCAGUGUAAUUUGUAAAUAAAUAGUCCUAAUAAUCCUAAUAAUGUCAAAUUUUGACUUUGAAGUUUGGUAAUUUCUAAAAACUAUAGGGAUUUGUAAUUAUUAGCGCCAUCUAUAUGUCAUUUAAUGAGGUACCUACCAAACACUCUUCUGAAACUGUUUUUUGGAACAUAGUAAUUAGUUAGUUUCUAACUAUAAUAGUAAUUAGUUUCUUAGUAAUUGUAGAAACUAGAAUUUAUUGUAAAAUCAAACCUUUAUGUGACUUUUUUCUAGUUUUAAACUAAAAUACGUAUAAUCUGUUGCAGAUUUCUUUGUUUUCUUUGAGUACUUAAUUCGUACUAAAUUGAAGACAUAAAAAACGAAACCCAAAUCAUUUAUAACAACAUACUUUAGGUAUACCCGUACCAGCUAUCUAAAAGACUCAUUAGUAAUUAUCUCAGAGGGGUGCUAAUGUUCGAGGUGUUAAAUUACAUAAACAAUGGAUUAUUUCAUAAAACAGAUGAAAGUAGCUCCCUUGUUUAUAGAAUUCUACUCCUCCAACAAUAGUACGCUGCUGAGCUGAACAUAUAUUAGUCUCUGAUAGCUGGUACUACUUUAUAUUUUAUUUAACACGUUCGCUGCGUGCCAGAAAGACUCCAUCAAUAUGCUGACGUAAUUUUGCCAGUGGCGCACGCAGCAAAAGGGUUAAAAUAUUGAAUAUUUAAGUUUUUAAUUAUAAAUUCCGUUGAGAUUAUUAGAUAUGUAGAAGAAUGUACCGACAAUAGCGAAAUUGUAGUCUAGACUAAAAAAUUGACUAUGCAAUUUUUUUAAAGAAUAAUGCACAAAACUAGUAUUUCCACAAAAAAUGUAUCUUUAAAAGGAUCGGUUGCUAUUCUAAAAUAAAGAAGAAGAACCUGUGUGUACUUAUUUGUUGUUUAAAUUUUAGAACACUUUGUUGAAAUAUAGAUAUUGUAGUAAGGAGAGAAAAAACUAUAGUAAGCGAAGAAAUUUUUACUGUUUUCUUUAUAUUGUAUAACUUAGGUGUUGUUUAGUUUAGCAGGAAAAACGUUUUUAAAGUA